GCAGGGUUGAGCGAGCAUCCGGGCGCCGGGGCUCCGGGAAAGGCGGCUGCGGCUCCUGCGCGUGGCCCCACUCCCUUCCUCUGCCCCAGCCCAGCUACCUUUUUGCCAUGGCUCUGGCAGACAGCACACGUGGAUUACCCAAUGGGGGAGGCGGCGGGGGCGGCAGCGGCUCCUCGUCCUCCUCGGCGGAGCCAGGGCUCUUCCCUGACAUCGUGGAGCUGAACGUGGGGGGCCAGGUGUAUGUGACCCGGCGCUGUACGGUGGUUUCGGUGCCCGACUCGCUUCUCUGGCGCAUGUUCACGCAGCAGCAGCCGCAGGAGCUGGCCCGGGACAGCAAAGGCCGCUUCUUUCUGGACCGGGACGGCUUCCUCUUCCGCUACAUCCUGGAUUACCUGCGGGACUUGCAGCUCGUGCUGCCCGACUACUUCCCCGAGCGCAGCCGGCUGCAGCGCGAGGCCGAGUACUUCGAGCUGCCGGAGCUCGUGCGCCGCCUUGGGGCGCCCCAACAGGCCGGUCUGGGGCCGCCGCACCCGCGGCGCGGGGUGUCUAAGGAGGGCUCGCUGGGCGACGAGCUGCAGCAGCUCGGCUAUGCGGAGCCGGAGCAGCAGGAGGGCGCCUCGGCCGGGGCGCCGUCGCCCACGCUGGAGCUGGCUAGCCGCAGCCCGUCCGGGGGCGCAGCGGGCCCGCUGCUCACGCCAUCGCAGUCGCUGGACGGCAGCCGGCGCUCAGGCUACAUCACCAUCGGCUACCGCGGCUCCUAUACCAUCGGUCGGGACGCGCAGGCGGACGCCAAGUUCCGGCGGGUGGCACGCAUCACAGUGUGCGGCAAGACGUCGCUGGCCAAGGAGGUGUUCGGGGACACCCUGAACGAGAGCCGUGACCCCGACCGGCCCCCAGAGCGCUAUACCUCGCGGUAUUACCUCAAGUUUAACUUCCUGGAGCAGGCCUUUGAUAAGCUGUCGGAGUCGGGCUUCCACAUGGUGGCGUGCAGCUCCACGGGCACCUGCGCCUUCGCCAGCACCGACCAGAGCGAGGACAAGAUCUGGACCAGCUACACCGAGUACGUCUUCUGCAGGGAGUGACCUCCCUAGCCCCCUCGCGACUCUAGCUCUCGUCCCCCCUCUUUCCCUGUUUGGGAGAUGAUUAUAGCACACCUCCUUCCCGUCCCUCUGUCGCUCACCCCCAGCAGCUGGGGCCAGACCCCUCCACCUCAAUUCCAGAACCUGCAGGCGCAAGCUCUCUGGGUUUCUUCGUUUUCUUUGGACCCCUCCAACCGAGAGAGCCCAGAUAUACUCCCCCAACCCAUGCUUCCUCCAUCCCCUGCCGCAAACCACCCCUCCCCCAGACUGCCCUUCAAUCUGGAUGGAGUGGGGCAGUGUGGCCACAAAUCACCAAGUACCUGGAAUGGACUGAAUUGUUCAGAAUCUGGACCAUGUCCAGGGGGAAGAGAUUCCUUGACAUUUUCUUGAGCCCUUAUGACUCAUUCGCGGUUUAAGAGAUCAGAAUUGAUAACACUGGGGAAGUUAGUGUUUUAAAAGGUCACUAUACAGUCUUUUUGAUCCUCUUUAAAGGUAGAUAUUUAGAAGGUUGAAUGAAAAACUGGGGUUCUGGAGUUAAGACCUUAUGGAAGCAGUUCAGUGACUGUAAAUGAGUAAAGUUUUGAAAAGUUUCAGGUAGAAGAAUCUAGUGCUGGCACAGUGAAGGAUUGGAUCUUUUUCAGUACAGAAUGAAGUGAAAGAUCUUCGCCUGUGACUUAAACUUGCAGAAAGUGACCCUCCUGCGUGGAGGCGCCCUGUCUCCUUGGCUCAUCGCCAGAAGGACUUGGUUCCACUCCGCUUGAUGUGACACUUACUGGCCAGAGUGAGAAAGAACUUUGCCGCAGAAGAGGGCAGGUCUGCCAGGGUCACCACGCCUGGCAGAAAGCCAUCUGGCAGUGAUUAAAACGGAGUUGGGUAGUAAUACACGUCGUGGAUAUUAGGAAAGCCCAUAUUCUUGCGGUGAAUGGCAGUAGUAUCAUCCUUAGCUCGUAAGACUUGGGGGGUGGGGGUGGGAGGGAAGAAGGAGGGUAGGAAGGGUGGGAAGGGAAGAGCAGACACACUCAUUUAUUAUUUGAAAUUUGAAAGUUUGUACCAUCCAUUUGAGUACUUGCAUUUUAUUUUAAAACAUCAAAUAGUACACAAAAACAUGCAAAGCAUUAUAAAGGUGAAUAACGAUAUCUACUCUUAGCUGGCAGUUAUUGAAUUGUUUUGAAUACUAAACUUAGAAGUUACAGAUACUUAUAACCUAACCAAAGAGUUACCCAGUAGGGUUUUAGUAUUUGAACUUUUUCUCUGUGAAUAUAAAUCCUGAUUUUAAAAUCUAUUUACUUGAGCAAAAUAUGUUUGAUUUUGGUUGCUCAGACUUAACAUCUCUUAUUAAAAGUGCUUAUUUUCCCUAAGCUCAGCACCUGUUUGACGGCUGAGCAAACCUGAAAAUGCCACUUUGCACUCUUCUUUCAUGCAGUUGUUUGAAGUUAAGGUGGAAUCUUUUCGAGGUGACAGAGUUGCAGAGAAUUAAACAAGGGCCGCCCAUCUGUAGAUAGCUGUAAAAUGGAAUAUUUUUAAAUGAAGGCAAAUAAGUUCUUAAAAGUGAGCUGAGCAAUAAAAUGUUGUUUUAGUAAAUGCAACAGUAACAGGAGACCUGGUUGCCUUAUGCCUUUAAUAUAGAAUAAAUCCCCUCUGCAUAUCUUAUCUACACCCUAAGUGAAGGGAAAUAAAUUCUUGUCUUUCAUGCUGUGAGGCUCCUUUGGAUAUUCUGUGAUAGCGGAGAAGCCUUUCUAUUUUUUUUGUUUAUUUCAACAUCUUUCUCUAUGUUUUUAAAGAUUUUGUAAGAGCCGUUUUCAGUGUUUAAAUUAGCGUUAUUUUUCCUUCUUUUUACAAAUGGAUCUUGUACUGUAUCUUACUAUGUCCAUAACAGAUGUUAAGAAUUGGAACAGUUUUAUUCUUAGACUCAUGUGAUCCAAUCUGUAUAUACCAUAUAUAAACAUUUUACAGGAAUCAUUUAGUUUUUUAAUUCAUUUACUAAUGCUAUAAAAUUUCCUAUAUUUAACCCAGUAACUUGCAUCAGAUGGUGUGUAUACUGAAGCAACAUGUUUUGAUGAGUUUCUUAUAUUCUUGUCUAUGGGGAAAUUGAGUUAGGAAAAAAUAGGUAAUUGUAAACCUGAGUUUGCUCCAUACUUUUUGCUUGGAUAUUAGUUGUAUACAAAUAAUACUGUUGAUUAAUUGUCUACUUAAAAUCAAGGUACCUGCAUUUUUAAUCCACUUUUUUUUUUUGAACUGGGAAAGAAGGACUUGAGGGCUUUAUUAGAGUUACAUUUUUAGAAAAAUAAAGUUAGCUUUAUAUACAAAGAGUGUAAGACUAAGAGAAAUGGAAGCAGAAAUCCAGGAAUUUGUGUUUGCUUAUGUGUUGUUUGCUCUCAGGCUUGUAAUGCAUCAGAACUUAUCUUUGCUUCAAGCUUGAAAUGGUUUAGGAAUGUUGCUCAGUGGCCAAAAGUAAAGGGUCACAGAGAUUUCUCCACCCUGUAUGGCAUUCUCUUAGAUUGCUCAAACAAAACAAAACAGAAUUGAAAACAUUUUAAGACAUACCUAAACCACUGACAGAUGGCAAGACACGACAGUUCUGAUUUUCCUUGUUUAAUCUGCAACUCCAGGAGUCAUGAGAACCUGCUCAUCUUGUCUUUGCCACUCAAGUCUUAGGAAUUUUAUCUUGUAAAACUUUGUGUUAAACUAUUCUACUGUCUUGUGCGUAGACAUCUUGCUCCCUCCUCCCUCCCCCAUACUUGCUGCACUGCAGUGAACCCCUCCUUUUCAGUAUUCGAAGGGCUGGGAAUUUAAUGAGUAGACAGAUUAAACUGACCUCUUUCUAGGGAUGACUGCCCUCUAAAGUUGGAAAUUGAUACGUGAAAAACUUCAACUUUUAGCCUAAAGUAAAGCCUGAGUAGGAAACUCAUUUUAUGUUGGCUGGACAGCAUAACUGAGCUAAGGUGACUUGGCCUCAGCACUCUUGGAUCCCUUCCCCUCUGUGGGCUUUGGACCAUGGAAGGACCCUUAGUGGUCUACAAAGUGGACAGGAGUGUUGGUCAUCACCUGUGAGCUUGGAUGGGGUAUAGAGGAACUAGGUAUUUGGAUAAAAUGUCCCAAAACACCAAAUAACCUGGGAGAAUGGCAUAAAUGAUUCAGAUAAUCGUAAGUGCAUUAACCUGGCUCAGAGUGGCAGGCAUUUACUUAUGUUUCUGUAAAUACCAUUUUAUAUUCACAAAUGAGCUGGAUGACUUUUAGACUUUUGAUAAUUUAAUUUGGAGAAAAAAUUAUUGACAGUUGUGGCAAGUAGUGGUUAAAAAAACAGGUACCAUGUUCAAUGCUUUUGCAUCACAUGUUUGAAAGUUGUCUAUUUUUUAGUACCUGUAGACCAUAUUCGUUUUAAUUUCCAAUUUAACAUGUUACGAGAAAUAUUCCUUAAAGGUAUGAGACCUUCAAAUUUCUUUUCCCUGUCAAUACUGUUUUUGUUCUUGGGUUUUAUAAUUGGUUGUGUUUUGGACUGAUAGCAAAGCGAUAAUUUAUAAUAUUAGACAAAAUGGUCUUCUCUUUCAAUCAGUUCUGAAUACAUGACGCCUGUUGCUUCUCUGAGGAAAUGCAUAAUAUACGAAAAACUCAAAGGAGGCAACUGACAAUGCUCAUAACGUGUUCCAAUUUUUACUGGCAUUUCCAUUGAAUGUUAUUAUUACAUUAAAGCCAUGUAGGUUGAAGCUUUGAUUUUUUUUUUUUUUUUAACUCUUCAAAUUAUGGUAAAUUUCAAUCUAAUAUUCAAAUUGUACUCCCUUGUAAAAAAUGCUGAAUUACAAAUGAAGACAUUUAGAAAAGUAUUGACUGGAGGGAUCGAAUUCCUUAAGAAUUUUUUUAUAGCUUAAAUCACAAAUACUUUACUCAAUUGACUUAGUUUUUUUUUUUUUUAAUAGUAAAUGGAAUAUUUUUAUUGUAAGACUAUCAGAGUAAAUCCUUUGUUCUGAAUUUUUAAAGAUUAGUUAUUGGGAUUUUAAGUUUUCUAUAUUUUCCUUACUAUAAAACAUUUAAAAACUGAAUUAGUUUUCUUAGGUGACUUAAGUCUGUCUCUAGAGAAAUAACAAAAUACUCAUUUAUUUCCAGGCUACAGUACCUGAGAUAGGGUUUCCUAUAGACAGGAACAAGUUACAUUGAAGUUAACUUUUCUUUGUCACAGUUUGGGACAAUAAGUAGCUAAAAGUAUUAACAUUUGAGGAUUUAGAUUCUCUACUGGGGCCCUUGAAACUUGGAAGAAAAUUCAACCAGAAGAUCUACAUUUGUGAACAAUCUUGUGUGGAGGGAAGAUGGACUAGUUGACCAAGAAUUCUUGUCACCUUAUACAUUUUGGAAUUAUUUUCCACGCCAGGUUUUUUUGUUUUUUUUAAAAUGUGUUUUGAGGUAUGUGAACGUUUAUUGUAACGUAAACUAUUGUACAGCUGUCUUUGUGACUUUAUAGGUAGGUGAAUUUUGUUGUUCCUGUUGAAUAUAAAUGAUGGCAGUUCAUUUAUGACCACUCAAACAGCAUCAGUAACCAUUUAAUGAGAAAAGGUGAAGACUUCAUGGAUGUUAAUUUGGAAGAUGUGAAUUAUAUGUUGCCUAAAGUUUUCUGGGCAUUUGAAGAACUCUUUAUCUACUAAACAACGUAAGGUCCCCAUAGAGUUCUCUGUAUUCUGAAAUUGUUGAAAAUGUUAUAUGCUCAGUGAUACAUAUCAUGGAGCCAUUUUCUCAAAAUACAAGAAGAGAGGAAAAAAAAUCCUAAUAAGAUCAUCAGACUUUUCUAAUGAAACAGAAGGCUAAGGAAAAAAAAAAAAAAAAA